GUUGCGACGGUUGCACAUGGUUGGUCAAUCCUUGGUGGAAACACUCAGUACCAAAACUCCUUAUCUCAGUCACUAUCAACCGAUAAAGCCUUUGCCGGGAUACUUCCGUAGCGUAGUUACUAUUACGUUACCCCUUUCACCAAUGCCGAUCGAGUUACUGGCUGUGCACGUGGACGACGGAAAUCGUACGGCCGUUGAGUUCUACAGGUGGAACAAGAAGGAUUCGCAGUUCCAUAUUGCUAAAGGUUUUCCACCCAUCACUUAUCCGACCCUUCAGAUCACCAAGACGAAACGAAUCGUCUUAGGUGGCGUGCAGAACCUCUUCGUUGAAUACUACGACCACAGCCGUCAUCUGUAUCGACAGUCCAUCCUUGACCUCGAAGCGCCGGACUUCACAGCACCUAAGAAGACACCGAAGUUCACCUCGAUCUACGAGUUCAACAGUUCACUACCCAGGGAUAUUGUGGCACUGAAGGUCUUGGAUCUGGACUGCGUCGGACUCUACUCGCCUCACAUCGAUGGGCUAAACGUGUACUGCCUCCAGUUGGAGAAUCUGGUGUACUACUUGAAGUUCCAUCAACUGCUUACCACGCCCGCCGUCAAGCAAGCUCUUCACCUAGACGGACGAUUGAUCCUACUGAGCAGAGAUAGCCUAUUGCAAGUGUGGCGACCACGGGCCGACUACAAACUAGGUCUCUUGCAGCUAAUCAAAAUAGCCCAUCCGACUUCGCUAACCGUAGCCAAAUUCGAGCAGCAGCUGUUCAUCGCCAUUAAUUCGGACCAGGCACUGACCGAGGCGUCCGCCCAUCACGGUUCCAUAGAGAUUUGGCGCGAUCUACGACCUCAGCAUCACAAUAGCACCUUCACCAAGUAUCAAACCAUCCUGACCAAGAUGCCCAAGCAGAUCCAGUUCUCGGUCCUGGCAACCACUUCGGAACUGAUGCUGUACACUUUGACGGAGAAUCCGUUCCACCCGUUGGUGAUCUACCGCUACGAGGGUGUGGCCGGAUUCCGCGAAUAUCUGACGAGCAACGCGCUGCGAACCAGCAGUAAGCGGUUCACGGUGGUCAAACUGGAUCGCAAACAGCGGGAACUGUUGGCGUUGGUGAGCGAUCGGGAAGUGACGUGGAUCGAAGCUGUCAUAAAAAGGAGGUAGGGAAUUUAUGUAGAUUUGUACGCACGUACAAAACCUGGUUUUGUUGAUUAGUUUUGUAAUAAAAUGUUUCGUUCUACGUUCGA